UAUUUGAUCAUUUCUUCACAAUUUUCAAAUUCUCUGAAUGUAAAUUAAUCAGUUUUGCAGCUCAGGAUAAAAUAAUGAAGCCAGACGUGUACAGUAUAAUUUUGUUGGUGCCACCUCUUCUCGUUACUUACAUUCCCAUCCUCGUCUUUCCGGUGAUGAAGGUGUUUUACAGAAGAAGAUUUGAUCAAAUCAGUCGCUGGGUUGCCACAAAUGCAUUUUCCAAUAUAUUAAAGGAGAAGAAGAAGAAGACUUGUUGUCCUCGAGAAGCGAGGUGGCUGUUUAAAGACAUUGAUCUAACAGCAGAGGAGGAAUUAUUAUCCAUGGUCCUAACCAGAUUUUUGAUGCUGUUUUCUUUUAUGUUUGGCGCUGUGCUGACAGUUUUUUGGCAGCUCCUUGUGCUGGAUGUAAGUAACGACUGCGAUGAAGAUGACCUCUCGAAAGACUGCUUCGCAAACAAAUGGACUUCGGAGCCGCAAGACCCCCUAAACUGUAGCAGUGCUGCCGUUCAAACCUUGAUUCAAAAUGGAACCAUACAGGUCGCCUGCUACAAAAUCGUCUUCAAUUUUGGAUUGGCCAGUGGUGCAAGUUACGGCUCAUUCAAGCUCUCUAUGUUCGCCAUUAAGGUUAGUGCAGGUGCAAUCUUGAGGAUUAAGACAACAAAGAUGCUACGACUGGUGCAAAUGUUUGGUGCAUUACUGGUUCCCGGUGUUGUCAUAUCGCUCACAUUUGUUGACGUAGUCAUUCCUUCGGUAGACAUCUUUUUGAGAGAUCAACAAGUUGCUUUCCUUCAGAUAACAACAACAACACUCACUGCUUUUUACUUCCUAUUCUUUAUUCCCUGGCGUUGGCUCAUUGACUUGAAAACCCAGAGAGAGAACCCGUUAGAAACUGUCAUAGGAAACUGUGCUUAGACAUCUGUAUAGACACCUCUUAAGUAGAGACUGGAAAUUCUAGAAAAGUUUCGAGUAAUUACCUGAACCAAUUGAUGAAACAAUGCUUUAGAGACUGACAGCAAAUAGCCUUGUGAAGACUGUUCUAGCGGUAGGUUUUUGUGGUGAGAGUAUUACCCUUGCCAGACAGCUAGUGUUACACGAGAACGGCAAAAUUAAACUCAUAUCUAUUUACCAUUCAUGAAUCAACCACAAUGGCAGUCUAACUAGGGAAUAGUUGAUAAACUAUUCAAGGAAGUUAUACAGAGCGAACAGAACAAGCUCCAUGACCUUUCUUCUGCUCGUAACACAUGUAUCUUGAUCCUAAGAAACAUAUGGAAGUUUAGGCUCGUCUUCAAAAGCAGUCUAAAUAGGGAUUAGCUGAUAAACUAUUUAAGAAAGUUAUACAGCGCGAACAGAACAAGCUCCAUGACCUUGUUUCUGCUCGUUACACGUGUACCUUGAUCCUAAGAAACAUGUGGAAGUUUAGGUUCGUCUUCAAGACGAACAGAUUUCGUAACAGUCUUAUUACUUUUAAUGCCAUUAAGGCCUUAUCGAUUUAUUAGACUUUUAUAUUUCUUCGACAUAUUUCAUUUACUAGCAUAACAUAUUUUACAUAUAUAUGUUUAUACAAACUUGUUUUAAACUACUGGUAGUCCUUUUAAGUAUCUUUUUGUAAUAAUCGUAUAACUCAACUUUUGGUAGCAAAGCGGCUAUCAAUAAACUAUCUAUCUAUCUCUCUAUCAAGUCAUUGCAUCAUAAUUCCUAUGCGUUAUUCCUUGGAAAAACCUCAUGGCGAUGAACUCGGCGAGGGAACAUCUAAAUAUUAUGCCAGUAAAUUACUCGCUGU